AUGAAUAAUGUUGAAUUUAACUAAAUAAAUUAUGAUAUGUUACGCAAUUUUAUUGCGAAAUAUGGAAAUUUAGCAGAUUAAUUAAUUUAUGUAAGAAAUUUAAUAGCUAUCAGGCUUAACAUCAUUUUUUAAUAACAACUUUUUACAUUUUUGAAAACAUAAAAGUCAUUUAUUUAUUUCUAUUAAAUUUAGCUUGUGAGAGAGCAAAAACAGGUAAAAGGAUUAGAAUUAUCUAAAUCAAUUAAUAUGAAAAAAGAAAUAUUAAUUUAUAUAUAAUAAAAUUUUAUGUAAGUAAUCAAUUAUAAAGAAAUGUAAAUUUAAAAUUUUUAAUAUUUUUAUUUCGAUUAAGAUGGGUUAGCCAACUGA